AUGGUGCUCCCCCUCGCUCGCUGUCGCGCUUCUUUACGUCCUGGGACUUGCACAAAGUCUCUGACCCUGCUGCGCGCGCGCCAAUGCAUCCCCCGAAGCUUCACCCAAAGCUCUAUAUGCGCUUCCAAAAUCGCAGCUCGUCCGGGGCGGGACGAUAUCCUUAACGCCUGGGAUAAGUACAGCAACGCGGAUAUUCCCUUUGACUUGGGCGACAAGGGCCAAAGGGUUGGGUUUAUAGGAAAGAGGAGAAACAUAUCCAAGAACCUCUCGUUCGCAGAUCUUACGACUCCUUCAGGCGAGAUCAUCCAGAUUUGCUCGGAUGCGGCAAACGACCCCGAUACACAUUCCCUUUUCCGCCAGAUUCCUGCCAACAGCCCCGUCCUCGUCAGUGUCCAAAACGAAGCCGCCGACCCUAGCCGCGAGGCCCUCAACGAGACGUCCGCCAAAACGACCGUUUACCUUAAAGACAUCCGAGCCUUGAAUAGCGUACCGCAGAACCUCAUAGUGACAUCCGAAGUCCAAUUUCCCCAAACGAAGCGACACUUCCAGAUCCGCUUCCACCCAGAGCUUCAGGCCCGGCUCAAGUUUCGAUCAUGGCUCAAAAGCGAGCUGACUCGGGAAUUGCAGAAGAAGGGAUUUACAGAUAUUGAGACGCCAACACUGUUUAAGUCGACUCCGGAAGGUGCCAGAGAAUUCCUGGUUCCCACUCGUCAGCGGGGUAUGGCAUAUGCACUCAAUCAGAGCCCUCAGCAGUACAAGCAGAUCCUCAUGGCGGGUGGUGUCUCGCGGUACAUGCAGUGGGCACGAUGCUUCCGUGAUGAGGACUCUCGCGCGGAUCGCCAACCUGAGUUUACGCAGCUAGAUAUGGAGUGGUCAUUCGCUGAUGCGUCACGGGUGAGGCAAGAUGUGAACGAUGUUGUUCUAGCUGCCCUCGAGUCUUUGAGGCCAGCGCAUAGUUACCAGGACAUCCGUGGAGAGCGUGUUCCCGUUCUGUCUGAGAUCCCGGAUGGAGAUCGUCCAGCGGAUGAGCCUGUAGCGCACAGUUUUACGACACUCAAGUUCCAGGACUGUAUCUCCUCGUAUGGAAGCGACAAGCCAGAUCUUCGCAUUCCCAAUAAGAUCCACGCGCUACCAGAUCUUGAACCUUACAGACAGUUUGUCAGCAUGAUCACUCAUAUGGAGGAUCCCUUGAUCGAGGCUUUUACUUUCCCCCUCGAUGGAUGUUCACCACAAGAAGCACGAGAGUUCGUCAUGAAAUUUAUGGAUGAGCUGCCAGCUUCCCUAGCUGAAAACCCUGACGGAAAGCCCCAGGUGCUCGUAUGUGACACAAGCAAACCCCUCAGCGGAUUCUCCUCUUUGGGCUUUGAGUUCCAGAAUGUUCUCGAUCUUGUCUCAGAGGGAAAGGAAAUUGACGACGGAGACCUUGUUGUUUUCCAGGCCCGGGAGAAGCCCAAAGGCCAAUACUGCUCUGGCUCCACAAAGAUUGGCGAUCUUCGCAUUGCGCUAUGGAAAGCCCUCGUUGAAGCAGAAUACAUGACCAAACCGCGCCUCGGCGAUCCAGAGUCACUGCAGUUUGUCUGGGUAACAGAUUUCCCCAUGUUCAAGCCCACAGAAGAAGGUGAACCAGGUCAAGAAGGCGCAGCAGGCAUCGCAGCAUCACACCACCCCUUCACGGCACCCCUAUCCAAAGCCGAUCUCGAGCUGCUCUUCACGGACCCUCUUGAAGCCAAGAGCGCAGCAUACGACCUCGUCCUCAACGGCGUUGAAGUCGGCGGCGGCAGCGAGCGUAUCCACAUUGCCGCAGUGCAAGAGUUCAUCAUGCGCGACAUCCUGAAGAUGACGGACAAGCGCAUUGGGGAUUUCGCACACUUGUUCGAGGCGCUACGGUCAGGAUGUCCGCCGCAUGCUGGGUUUGCGUUGGGUUUCGAUCGGCUAGUUGCGCUGUUGACUGAUACGUCGACGGUGCGUGAUGUGAUGGCAUUUCCGAAGACGAUGAAAGGCGAGGACCCGUUCGUUAAAUCACCGAGCAAGUUGACGAAUGAACAACUUGAGCCUUAUGGGUUGCAGCUACAGACACGGGAGAGUCAAUGA